AUGGAUUGUCGAACAUUAAUUGAGCGAUAUGGAAAUGAUCGCGAUGAAAUAGCUGUUACUCAGUUGAGUGAAUUAUUGAAAACAAAUCAAUUAAGUUUAGUUGAUUUCAUUGUCGAUAUUGGUGAUUAUCUUCAAAGUACAGAAUUGUCAAAACGAACGGUUGCAUUGGUAUUGAUUGGAAAUGUUUUGAAAUCUUUACCGAAUACGUUUCUACAAUCGCAUGAAAUUCAUCAUUUACUUAUAUUUAUUAUCGCGAAGAUGGCUGAUCAUCAUAUUCUGGCGCAACCAGCAGCUGAUUUAUUCUCUGUUCUAGCAAAACAAUCGGCUUUAACUGAUGACGAUUGUAUUAUGAUGAUUAAAUCCAUAUUUUCUUAUAUGUAUGUUCAAUCAUUUCCGCAAGCAAGCCGACACAAAGUAUUCGUAGUGUUAUUACAUUUCCUUUUCACUCGUUUGGAUGUUGUUCGACAACUGGGAAGUGAUUUUGUUUGUAACUUCAUUCAGUCAAUGGAUGGCGAACGUGAUCCAAGAAAUCUCGUUCUCUGCUUUCAAUGUUUGCAAUAUAUGACGAAAUAUUUAGAUAUUGAACCAUACAAGGAAGAGUUAUUCGAAGUCGUUGCUUGUUAUUUUCCAAUGGAAUACAAACCGAAAACGGCGAGCAAUGAAACAGAAGAAACAAUUACUCACGAGCAACUCGCUCUUGCAUUACGUAAUGUUUUGACAUCAAGUGGCAAAUUUGCUCAAUAUUGUAUUCCGAUGCUAAUCGAAAAACUCGAAUCCGACAUACCAAGUGCUCGCCUUGCGGCCAUGGAUGUAUUCAUCAAUUCGAUUGAAGAAUACGAUGCUCGCGACAUCUCUUCGCAUUUAGUACAGCUAUGGAAUUUGUUUAGUAAACAGGCUUUAUGUGCAGAAAAUCAAGAAACUGAAACGAAUGCGCUUCGAGCAAUAACAGCGUUGAUGCAAUUAGUAGGAAAAUCAGUUCAGAAUGAUGACACGGAAAUUUCGACAAAGAAACUGGUUAAUCGAGCUAUUCGAGAAUGCGAAAAUUACCUUAAAGAACUUGAUUUAAAACUUGUUUGGCCCGCCACAAAAGUUCUCCAAGCUGUUGCCCGCGCUAAUUCAACGUGUUCAUCAUUGAUAUGGUCAAGUGUGCUUCCUUUACUCACGAAACAAUUCGAAAGUUUAGAACAAGUUAACCAUAGACAAACAGUAUUGGAUAUGAUUAUCUAUUUUCUACAAUCAACAAGUCUUCGAACAGUAGUUAAACUACCUCCCGGUCUGGCUGAUGAACUUUGGAUACUUAUUUCAACGCAGUUCCAAUCUUUUCAAAGUCAUUGUCUUUCAUUAAUUCAUAGUCUUUUACAAUUGAAUACAACGCCCGGUCAAGUACUGGAGGAUGAUUUAACGAAGUUCAUUCUUCAAGGAAACAUUCCAGAUCAAUUAAGAAUAAAACUGUCAGCAGUUAUGAGAAUGUUAGCAUCAUCGGUGAUCUUCGAUCGAAUUUGCACGAACUUAUUAACGAAUCUAAUCAAUUCAUGGACAGUAACGAAAACGAAUCCAUCGAAUGAAGUCUUGGAAAGUUGUCUUGACUUAUGUCAUAAUUCGGAACGAUGUCAAGAACGUCUCGAACGUUUCUUUUUUCCAUCGCAACAAUUCAUUCAAUAUCUACCGAGUCUUUUCAAAUAUUUACCACCUUCGUACAUCUUGACUAAUUUGUUCUCACCUUUAUUUGAUUUACUGUUAUCCUCAAUUGAUAAUGACCAACACGCAAAGAUCUUCUGUGCAAAAUGCGGUGCUAUUGCCGAUGAAAGUUGUAAACCAUUCGUUGAGGAUCAAUAUCGAAAGAAUCUACUGGAUGAUUCACUGUGGCAAUCGGAGAAAUCGAUGAAUGUUCUGCUAAUGAUAUAUUUCAUCGGAAAUUUAAAACGAAAAACUUAUCAAAAUGAAUUAGAAAUGGUUUUUAAGCAAAUCCACGAGAAACUAACGGAGAAAAUAUUCAAUCAAAAGUUCGACGAAACCAAUACGAUUUACUGUUGCUUUCUUGCUAAUUUAAUCAACAAACUAUCAUCGAAUGAUGAAAUCAUGGAACAAGGUCAGACAAUAAUCAAACAAUGUGAAACGAUUCCUGAUCAACUACAUAUUCAUUUGUGGACAAUUGUAGUCAAAGCUUUCGUGUUAUCUCGGCCGUCGACUUUCGAACAAUAUAUUCCAAAAUUAAUGUCGUGGAUUAACGAGAGAAAUGGUAUCGGUGACAUUGCAUGUCAAUCCCUGAAGGUUUUAACGAAUUUCGAUGAACAAUCUCUAUUAUUAUCAUCCCAAGCUGAUUGUAUUGUUCAUCCUAUGGUUAAACAGAUCGUCUUUAUGAAUAUUAUUUCACAAAUGAAACCAUUUCUCAUGAAUAACGAUUUAUUACCGAAUCAAAUGAAUAUCUUGAUUGAUUUAUUAAACAACAUACCAAAAUCUAUUAUCCAAGAUGAAAUCAUACCAUUAUUGCCGAUCUUAGUUCGUGCAUUGACAUCAUCGAAUGAAUCAAUUUGGUCAGCAUCACUUCAGUCAAUAAGUGAUCUGAUCAAAUCCGAGCCUAACUCAAUUAUUGAUCAUAUUGACACACUUCUUCCACGUUUAACAACUCUAGCAACUUAUCAAAAAGACAUGACCAUCCGUAUCACAAGCUUGAAGUGUUUGAACUAUCUUACAGCGUUACCGAUACAUAAAAUUCAACCGUAUCGUCGUCAUAUAAUCCAUGUGCUGAGAAAAUGUGUUGAUGAUCAUAAACGACUUGUACGACGUCAAGCGAUUGAAACUCAAAUGUCCUGGUGCUUAUUGAAUGCGUAG